GGAUUUCCAACCGACGCUGCAGCCGGUUGCACCGACGCUUCGGUCUUCGGCGGCCAACCUCUUUCUCAGCAUGUGUUCAAGGCGUUUUGAGUAAGAACUCAAUUUCCCGGCGUGCUCUGCUUCAAGUAGUUACGUCACGUCUUUUUCACUAUGGCCGAUGACGCUGGCAGACAGCGCAAGUCUGUUAGCGGAGUGGUGUUGCCUGGGAGGAGAAGUGCCUGCUAAGAUAAUACUAUUUCCUGAAGCUAACGCUUUUCAAACAGAUACGAGAAGAUCAAAAUGAUUUACUGAAGAUGAGGUAGAAGAAAACUUUUGAACAGAAUGCAAAGGAGCGCGUUUCCCGGAGGUCUCGAACAUUUAUCAAACAUUUGAGGGCCUGUUGCUACGGGAAAUCCUCGGGCUAGCCCGGUAGUAACCGGGACGAGGAAACGCAGAGGACCUAGCAAGGAUUGGAGCAACAUAGGUUGGUGUUUUCGACCAGGUUUUACUGACACCAACCACUUUUGAUUAUAUUCAGACGGAAGAAGUAAUAUUUACCGCUCCUCUUUGGCGAUUAUAACUCAACGUUACUAAAGACGUUUUUAGUUUGACAGCUAGCCAGCCUUAGCUUCCCGUGUUUACAAGCUAGCUCAGACAGGAUGCCCUGAAGGAGUUGGCAUCGUGUAGUAUUUGUUUCAGUUAAGAGCUGCAUAGAAAGUUCCCGAGGCCUGCCAGUUAGGACAGUUGAUAGUUGUAUGUUCGUCAUACUUAUAUCUACUGCCACUGAAGGUCGCUAGCUAAAUUGCUAAAUCAAAAUAACCCCGAGCUGAGGUUAUCGCUCACUAGAGAUUUAUCUAUUAUAGCUCAAAGUUUGUACUAAUCAUCUUAGUUGUUUGUUUUAUUAUCUUAGCCAUUUUGUUUGUCUGAAAAGGUGUGGUGUAAGGCUUCAUCUCACUAAAUAGAUUUCAAUCAAAAGGCUAACAGACUUGAAGAGAAGGAACUGACCCUUUUGGAUUUGAUUACCAAAGCUACUUUUAUCCAGUUUGCUGACAAUCCCGGAUGAAGGCUCACAGAAAAUUGUGGAUUUUGAUGUUUGGACCCUCGGGUGUCUCCUGUUUUGUUUGGCAUAAUUAAAACCCCCAGGCAAAGACUGAUCUGCUCGAGGAAGACCCUUUUCUUCACAGACCACCAUGAAUCGUUACCUGCCUGUGGCUCGGCAGCACUUCCUCGCCGCCCUUGCAAGCACCAGUGUGGUGGUAAAGAGCAUAAGUGCUGUUGUUGUGCUCCUCUACCUGCUGUCAUGGGCUGUUGACACUCAAUAUGCUCUGGGGGUCACUCCGGGCUACCUCUUUCCGCCUAACUUCUGGGUGUGGACGCUGGCGACCCAUGGGGUGGUGGAACAGCAUGUUUGGGGUGUGGCGGCCAGUGUGGGGACAGUCAUGGCCUGCGGACGCUUACUGGAGCCUUUGUGGGGUGCUCUGGAGCUCCUCAUCUUUUUUGCAGUGGUCAAUGUGUCUGCAGGACUCCUGGCAGGUCUUUCCUACCUCCUCACCUAUGUGGCCACCUUUGACCUGGACUUCCUGUUUGAAGUCCGUGUACACGGCGCAGCCGGUUUUCUGGGAGGUGUCCUGGUGGCACUAAAACAGACCAUGGGAGAUACCACAGUGCUCAGAGUGCCACAGGUGAGGCUCAAAGCGGCGCCGGCUCUGGUCCUCCUCCUCUUGGCAUUGCUGCGCCUGUCCGGGCUGCUCGACAGCUCUGCGCCCCUGGCUGCCUACAGUUAUGGCACCCUGUCCGGCUGGGUGUACCUGCGCUUCUAUCAGAGGCACAGCCGGGGCCGCGGGGACAUGUCGGACCACUUUGCCUUUGCCAGUUUCUUCCCUGAGGCCGUGCAGCCAGCGGUGGGCCUGCUGGCGGGGCUCGUUCACUCUGCUCUGGUAAAAAUGAAGGUGUGCAGGAAGAUGGUGAAGCGAUAUGAUGUUGGAGCGCCCUCUUCCAUCACCAUCAGCCUGCCGGGGACGGACCCACAGGACGCUGAGAGGAGGAGGCAAAUAGCCCUAAAGGCUCUGAACGAGCGUCUGAAGCGGGUGGAGGACCAGUCUGCCUGGCCCAGCAUGGACGAUGAGGAAGACGACGACGAAGACGAGGUGAGAACCGACACGCAGCCGCUCCUCUCGGAUGGGCGGGACCUCUCGACCUCGACCAAAACAGCCGGAGGACCCGCCGGCGCGUCCCUCUCCUCCACCUCCUCCUCUUCGAUAUCGCAGAUCGGCGGCGCUGCCCCCUCAGGCGCCGUGCAGCACCCAGAGUCAAGUAUUAUCAGCUUUGAGGACGCAGCAUCGAGAUCAUAACAGACGGAGCGCUCGUGUAAAAAAAGACAAAGUCUGUCUGGUGUCACUGGCGAGUUUACGAGUGGAUGCUGUGUCCCUGACGUACGUAUCCGGUUCUACACUCAGUAUCCCACACAACACACCACAUCUGUGGCGAGUCCCCGCACCCGGCCGUGCGCUCACAAACACUUUGUUAAUAUUACUCGUGAACGCCAAAGGACUGUGCGGUGCUUUAGGUUCAGACCCGCCGGCUGUAAAUGUUCAGCGCUGCUGGGUGAACUGGAACUGAAUCCUUCCCUCUUUUCCGCAAACAACCGACAGCCAGAAAAUCCUGUCCUGUUCGCAUUCAGUCCCAGCCUCCGAAACUAUGAUCACUGCUACACGCGUCUCCUCUUGCUUUCUGAAUAAAUGACUAAAUGGGUGCACAAAGUUCCUCUUCAUCUUUUUUGGUCCGUUAGUGAAAUAGGUUCACGCCGAAAUCCUGAUUCUUAAAGAAUCCCAGCUUUGAAAAGCAAAGAGAGGUGGCUGCUAGCAGCGGGAGUUGUUAAUGGGUUCUAAAUAUCUGGCCGGCUGAAAAGCAGAAGUAUGAAAAAAAGCAUACUCUGCGCCAACUAGCUGGAUGAGAAGAAACCAGCUGCUGCAGGUGUGUCCUGCUGCUGAACAGUGAUACCAAACCUAAAGAUUUGAAGUGCCACGGGAAAAGGAUUACCCAGAAGACUCACCACUGAAACUACAAAUGGAGAAAUGAAUUAAAUGCCCAUCUUUAGUUCAUGCUCCUUAGCACGUCAUUCGGUGGAAAACGUUUUUCUUUUUUUUAAACUGGGAUUUGUAGUCUCUAAAUGAAAACAGAUAAACUCACUUUUCUUUCUGUAGGCUGGUGAGAUAUUUUAGUGGUGAUUACACCUACACACAGUGGUGAACGGUUACCUUCUUUGAUGGGUUGUGAAUUGUUUUUAAGUGUUUGCUCAUUUUCAGGUGGAAUCCUGAGCUUCACCCUGCACCUUUUACACUUCCACUUUCUGAGAUCUGGUUUUGUUUGAAAGACGUGCCGGCAGCGGCUGCUCGGUAGCCCCGAUGCGAAUGACCCAAAUCUGAGACUGCGUCACUAGAGGUGUCGAUGAAAGGUUUAAGAAAUGGCAUCGUUGGGCGUUUACAAACUGUAUAGAUUCAUGGUUCAUUAGUUGCAGUUGUAGAAAUUUUGGCUUCAUCCUCAUUCAGAUUUUAGACAUGAUGAAUAAUCCAUUAAUGGAGGACUCCUCUGUCGAUUGGACUUCAGUUACAGGAUGGCUUAUAUCAUCCUCUGGACUUGUUCAUAUGUUUCAUGCAUGGAAAUUGCUUGAACGAGUUUUCUGUGGUGGUCGAUGGAUGGCUAGCGUAAUUCAUCUACACAAACCUUAACUCCAGUGAUUCAUUCAUUACAGCCACUGCUGAAAACGUGCUGUUUACUGUACCAGUGCCCUAAUUUGAUGGAAGUUUUCAGCUUCAGCCAUUGUGAUCACAGAACUCAUGAACCGCUACAGCAUUUGGAGAGUUAGGAACCCAUGUUUGAAAUGUUUCCAACCUAAAUUAGAAAUUUCACUCACUUAAAUGAAGAAACAAAUGCACAAUGCAAAUCUGUUCAACAAGGAUGUCCAUCUCAGAUUCUGUCACACUCCUCUUGGAAAAAUGUUGUUCCAGGUCUGAUGAAAUAAAGAUUUGUAACUCCAGUUUAUUAACUUUGGAGAUUUUAUUGGUUCCAACCUGUGGAAUUUAGCGGGAAUGAGCUAGACUCAAUUCAAAUGUUGGAUAUUUACUGGUUUACUUAUCUACGACCGAUUAUGUUUGGGAGUCGGACUCGGAUACUAAAAUAAUUCCAGGGGAGAAUUCGUUUCUACAGUUUCCACCAUCAGUUUAGAAAUCUGAAAGCGGCUCUCUGACAUGCAGCUGACAGAUUGGAUUUUUCUCAAAGAAAUCAUAACACAGGCUCAUGUUUGGGACAGAAGAGCUGUGGAAAUAAUCUGUGAUAGCCGUAAACAUUGGCCUUUCACGAACAGUUGAAAGAGUUUUAGAAGUAUGUAAUGAAUGGGAAGUGAUAAGCCAUAUUUAAGAGUGAUGAAACUGAAUUGUGUCUGUUUUGUUUUUUCCCCCCCUGCUUGUUUUCUGCUGGUGGCAGCGUCUUUGAGAGUGGCCCUGAAUUCACAUGUCUGAAAUCUUAAGCUGCAUUCUGCCAUCACAAACAUUCACAGUAGCAUUAUGUGAACAUAGUCUGAACUAUUCUGUACAUAACUGCCUACAUUAGCUGUGCAAUUACUGUUUUGAUGUAUGAUGUUUCAUACAUUUUACAAGCAGGUUACAGUGACAACAGCUUUGCUUCCAUCCCUCUGCCUGUGUUACGCAAUUUUAAAAAAUCCAAUUCUGACAGUCUUGCCUGCAAAUGACUGUCAGGUUGUGUAAUGUGGUGACGUAUCAUUUUAGAAAUUAAAAUGAUGCAGAACUGGUCUAGUUGGCAGUCUUGAGAUCUCUGACUGAGUCUUGUUGAACUUUCAGAGCUACUUUUCCUUUUGAAAUCCUUUUCUUUUUUCCAUUCUCAUUUGUUUUGGCUGCAAUUCUAAAAAGAAUCCAACAGCAAAGCUGUCACUUUCUGUCAAAAUAGAAUGACAUUUGUGCUGUUUACAAGUGUUAUUCUUAUAUAUAUAUAUAUAUAUAUAUAUACAUACAUAUAUAUAUAUAUAUAUA